CUGUUCCUGCGAGGUUUCUGUGUGGCUGUGUUUUAGUUUAGAGAUGGCCGUGGUUCAUGCUGAAGGGAAUGUCUGGAUUAAGCAAUGGGAUCACAGGUUUCACAUGUAUGGAGGACAAACAUGUAGUCCACUAAUGGCAGGCUCCUGGGACGACAGAACACCUUUACACGAUGCUGCUUUGCAAGGAAGACUGCUUCCACUGAGAAGACUCCUCUCACAGGGCUACAAUGUUGGAAUGGCGACUUUAGAUGGAAUCACAGCACUGCAUGAAGCUUGUGUUGGAGGACAUUUCACCUGUGCUAAACUUCUCCUGGAACAUGGUGCAGAUGCAAAUGCAGUGACUUUUGAUGGAGCCACUCCUCUGUUCAGUGCCUGCUGCAGUGGAAACCCCGCCCUUGUCAGCCUCAUUUUGACACACAGCUCCGCCCACCAUCCAGCUCACCUGCUCUGCUCACCUCUGCAUGAAGCUGCAAAGAGAGGUCACACGGCCUGUGUUGAACUGCUGUUGUCUCAUGGUGUGAACGUGGACAUGGAGCUGCCCAGUGUUGGAACAGCGCUGUACUGUGCAUGUGAAGUCAAGAGCACAGACUGUGUACUGACCCUGCUGAUCUUAGGUGCUGAUGUACAAUGUGGGCGUGGCCUUGACACACCUUUACAUGCUGCAUGCAGAGUAGGUGGAGCAAAAGAGGCGGAGCUACUAUUAGAACACGGGGCUGAUCGUACAUCUAGAAACUCUGAGGGGAAGACACCUCUGGAUCUGACCUCAGAUCAGAGCAUCAAACACCUCUUGCAGACAGCAGGUACCUGCUCUCUGUCUCAGCUAUGCAGAUGGUGCAUUCGACGCUCACUGGGACAAAAAGGACUCAACAAAACCAAGACCCUUUGCUUACCACAUAUGCUACACAAUUAUCUUCUCUAUCAUUAAGACGCGUAUAAACAUUGUCAAGUGUCAAAACACGACUUGCAUAGUAAUCUUGUUAUUUUUGAAUUUUCUGCACAUUUUUAUUUGUAAAUCUGUAAAUAUUAUUUGUUUGUGUGGCCUUAAUCUGUGUAUUUUGGCAAUAACCUGUUGUUAAUUUGUUGGAAGCAGUGUAUAUUUACUGUAGUCAACAUUAGAAGUGGAUCAAAACAGUUUUUCAAAGCUGUCCUAAGGCAAGAAUGGGUGUUGUUCAAUAGUUUUAGGAUCAUUUUGAUGAAAGGUUUUGAUCCACUUCGAAUCUUGAUAACUGUGCACAUGCACAGGUUUUAUGUUAAAUGGGUUUGUAAAAAUAAGUAAAAAUAUCUUCAUUUUGUUUUGCCUCUACAUAUUUUUUUACCCUCAAAGUACUGUAAAGGUGCAUUGUAAAAAUCACCAAAUACCAUGGUUUCAGAAAAAAAACAAAUAUUUUAAUAAAGUGAUCUUUUUCUUAGUAAA